AAGUAUCAUUCCCUGAUUGUUGUCGUUCCGAGUCGGGCGUUUGCUUAUUAUAUUUAUACAAAUUAUGGGUUUAGCCACAGUAGUAGAGAAUGAGGGUCAUUUCCAACACGAAAUGGCCAACGCCGGCACGAAGCUGGUUGUCGUGGACUUCACGGCGACUUGGUGUCCUCCAUGCCAGAGGAUCGCGCCUUUCUUUGAGCAACUGCCAGCGAAGUUCCCUAGGGCCGUGUUCCUAAAGGUGGACGUAGACCGCUGUGCGGAGACUGCGGCCGCGCAAGGCAUCAGCGCUAUGCCUACUUUUGUUUUUUACAGAAACAGAACGAAGAUUGAUCGGCUUCAGGGGGCUGACCCGGCAUCUUUGGAGAGCAAAGUGAGACACUACUAUGGAUCUGAAGAUGCUGGUGAUGAGGACAAUGCCGUUGCCGGCCAUAUGGACCUCGGAACUUUCAUCACCAAGAGUGAAUGCGAGUGCCUCAACGAGGCUGACGAGCACCCUCUGGCGCAUGCCCUGACCAGCGGCGGUGGCUACCUCGCCAGCGACUGCGAUGAGCAGCUCAUUAUCAACAUUGCGUUCAACCAGCUGGUGAAGCUGCACUCGGUGAAGAUCAAGGGCCCCGCCGACAAGGGCCCCAAGUUCGUGAAGCUGUUCAUCAACCAGCCGCGCACGCUGGACUUCGACCAGGCCUCCGGGAACAACUCCGUGCAGGACUUGGAGCUCACUCCAAACGACGUGGAAGGCAACCCGGUCCCCCUCAAGUUCGUAAAGUUCCAAAGCGUCCAGAACAUCCAGCUGUUCAUCAAGGACAACCAGGCGGGCGGUGACGUCACGCAGAUCGACCACCUGGCGUUCUACGGCACGCCCGUCGCCACCACCAACAUGGGCGAGUUCAAGCGCGUCGCUGGCAAGAAAGGCGAGGGGCAUUAAUGGCUUGGCCUAGAGCUUGCGUAGGGUGAUACUA